AUGGUUUGGGUGAAACCGGAGUUUUUACACAUUGGCCAGCCGUUUUGGUCCACUGAACUAGAAUGCGAGUAUUUUGCUGUCCAACGGCGAAAAGGACAUGGAACAAAAGGGUUCUCGUCAGUUGUGGUGGCGACAAUUGACUCGGUUUUUGACACUCGGCCACCACCGUUUCGAAUCAUCUACAAGUAUGAGAACGAUGAAAUUCAAGUGGCUAUUGUCAUUGCUGCAGCUGUUCGAAAAGCUGAAAUUAUGGAUCACUGGAAUUGGAUACAAAAGAACAUCAUGCCUACUCUAGGUUCGUUCUCAACCGAGAAAGAUGUCCGAGCAUUCGUGAUCGGGAAAGUGGAGAGCCUGGUUUUCAUAGCGGCUGAAACUUCGGGAGCAAGUGAUGAGUUGGACUCACUAACUACUCGAUCAGUUCUGCAUAAAUUUAUAACUCUAUUUUCUCUGACCCCUGAUGAGAAACUCGUUAAUUAUUAUAACUGCUGUUACUGGAAUAACCGUUUUCCUAACCAAGGACAAUUAUUUUUAUCUGUAAAUUUUCUCUGUUUCUAUUCGUUUGUCAUUGGAAAUGAAGUGAAAAUCAAGUUAAAGUGGACAGAUAUAACGAAGCUUGAGAAAGUCUCUACUCUUUUGUGGCCUCAAAGCAUACGAGUGGUCACCCGUCAAGAUAGUUUCGAGUUUUCAAUGUUCAUUAAUUUCGAAGAAACUUUCAAGUUAGCAUCACAGCUGGCCAACAUCGCAAUGAAACAAUUGAUUGAAGAAGAGGGAUUUUGUGAAGAUGUGGACCUCUUACACAAAGCCCUUCUUGAAAGCGGGCGAAAGCGAGCGAGGAAAACUUCAUCAUCAUUCCUCAAACGGGAUCUGGACGCUAGGCAGCGCAGUGAAAGUUACAGGUUGGUCAAUGUUUGGGCUAAUUUGUGCUUUUAA